AUGGAGCGCAACACGUCCUGGCCUACAGUCCCGACUCCCAUCAACGUCAGCGCCUCCAACGCCACGGUCAAACCCUUCAGUGUCUUUGACGGCUGCGACUACCAAGUGGAGGGCAUCCUGUUCGACCUCACCCUCCAGUGCAUCAACGUGGUGGUGGGGAUCCCCGCCAACAUCCUCGUCAUCGCCGUCCUCAUCCGCAACCGCAAAGACCCGUCCACCUCGGACGUCUACCUGGGCUCCCUGGCCUUCAUGGACGCCUACUUUGGCUCCAUGACCCCAGUCAGCUUCCUCAAUCUCUACCACUGGCAGAGCAAGGAGGUGUGGUCCGCCCUCAAGUUCUCCUACGGCGUGAAGGACACCAGCGGGCCUUUGUUCCUCUCAUGCAUCUGCUUGGAUCGCUUCAUCGCCGUGCUUUUCCCGCUCACCUUCGGCCAGCUCAGACACAUCAAGUAUCGCCUGAGUCUGUCUGUGUUGGUGUUCUGCCUCACCUUCGCCUACUCCGCAGCCAAGGUGGUGGGCGGCCUGCCCGACUUCGAAAAGGUCUUCACCGGGGAGAUCCUGGCCGCCUUCACCUGGAUGGUGGUGUGCAACACCUGCAUCUUGUGGGCCCUGAAGAAGUCCAGGAGUGCGGAGAAAGACCACAUGCAUCCCAUGAAGAAGAAGGCCUUCAAGAUCGUGCUCUCCAUCCUUUGCAUCAUCGUCGUCAACUACCUGCCGCCCGUCGCCCUCUUCCCCUUCGAGGACUAUUACUCGCCGGAGGUGUUCCGCUGCUACGUGCAGCCUGUGGGCUUCGCCUUCCUCAAUAUCAGCAGCACCAUUCAGCCCCUGGUCUUCCUGUCUCGCCUGGACAAGGUGCCCUUCCUGCCGGACAGCUGCGUCAAACGCUGGUGCGGCUGUGUCUCGCCGGAGAAGGGCAAUGACCAACCUGGACACAACCAAUCUGCAUAG